GACGCUGGGAUCGCCAAACGAAUCGCUCCUCCAUCAUGCUGUGGGAAUUUCUGGCACUCUUUGCGAUCGGCUUGGUCCUAUUCUAUCGCUGGGCGACCGCGAACAAUGGCUUCUUCAAGGAUCGGGACAUUCCCUACGAGAAGCCGCUCUUGUAUUUUGGCAACAUGGUCGAUAUGUUUUUAAAAAGGAAAUCCAUGUUUGACAUAGUCUGCGGUCUAUACGAAAAAGGCGGCAGUAGCAAAUUUUUUGGUAUCUUUGAGCAGCGACAACCACUAUUGAUGGUACGCGACCCAGAUCUUAUUAAGCAGAUAGCCAUAAAGGACUUUGACCACUUUAUUAAUCAUCGAAACGUGUUCGCCACCAGCAGCGAUGAUGAUCCGCAUGACAUGAGCAAUCUCUUUGGAAGCUCCUUGUUCUCCAUGCGAGAUGCCCGGUGGAAGGAUAUGCGAAGCACUCUCAGCCCGGCCUUUACUGGCAGCAAGAUGCGUCAGAUGUUCCAGCUGAUGAACCAGGUGGCUAAGGAGGCCGUGGACUGUCUUAAGAAAGAGCAGUCGUCUGUUCAGGAGUCAGAUCUGGACAUGAAGGACUACUGUACACGAUUCACGAACGAUGUUAUCGCCUCGACGGCCUUUGGGUUGAAUGUUAAUUCUUUCAAGGAUCGGGAGAAUACCUUUUAUCAGAUGGGCAAAAAGUUGACAACAUUUUCUUUCCUUCAGAACCUAAAGUUCCUGUUGUUUUUCGCAUUGAAGAGUUUGAACAAGAUCGUGAAAGUUGAAAUCUUUGAUAAAAAGAGCACUCAAUAUUUCGUGCGUCUGGUGCUUGAUGCCAUGAAGUACCGACAGGAGCACAACAUCAUCCGUCCCGACAUGAUCAACAUGCUGAUGGAGGCCCGCGGUCUGCUCCAGACGGAGAAGGCCAAGACGUCAGCCGUUCGCGAGUGGAGCGAUCGCGACAUUGUCGCCCAGUGCUUUGUGUUUUUCUUUGCUGGAUUCGAGACUUCAGCUGUGCUGAUGUGCUUCACCGCACACGAAUUGAUGGAGAACCAGGAUGUGCAGCAGAAGCUGUACGAGGAGGUGCAACAAGUGGACUCGGAGUUGGAGGGCAAGGAGCUGACCUAUGAGGUCAUCAUGGGUAUGAAGUAUCUGGAUCAGGUCGUUUCAGAGGUCCUGCGAAAAUGGCCGCCAGCAAUUGCCGUUGACCGAGAGUGCAACAAGGAUAUAACUUAUGAAGCGGAUGGCCAGAAAGUGGAAAUUAAAAAGGGAGAUGUCCUCUGGCUGCCCACUUGUGGCUUCCAUCGUGACCCCAAAUAUUUUGAGAAUCCCAAGAAGUUUGAUCCGGAACGUUUCAGCGAAGAGAACAAGGAUACAAUUCAACCAUUUACAUAUUUUCCCUUUGGACUGGGUCAACGAAACUGCAUCGCUUCCCGAUUCGCUCUUCUCGAGGCAAAAGCUGUCAUCUACUAUCUUCUGAAGAACUUCCGCUUUGCUCCCGCUCCAAAAUCCUGCAUUCCACUAGAGCUUGCCAGUUCCGGGUUUCAAUUGGCGCCAAAAUCAGGAUUUUGGAUCAAAUUCAUUCAGCGAAACUAAUCUUAAACAGAUAAGAAAAUGUAUUUAUUUAUUUUGUUAACUGUUUUGUAUUACAUGAUUUGACAUUAUUAUCAUUUAAAAAUAUUUGUAAUUGCUUUUCUUAAAUUAAAAAUCCUUUAGCCUACA